AUGGAUGCGGAAUUAAUCGUACGAUGUAUCAAUGGAAUUCUCGGAGGACUCGGGACAGUCACCAAUUCCUUGGUUUUCGUUCUACUGCUCAAACAUAAAUUGGGCUCUCACCUGACAAACGUUCUGUUCCGAAGUCAGCGCAUUUAUGAUUGUUUUUCCUGUUUCAUCAUGUUCCUGGUUCAACUCAUCGGAAAUAAUUUUUACACCUCGAGCAGUCUCCUCAAUGGGAUUCUAUGUAGCAUUUGGUCUCAGGAAAAUCUAUUCUGGCCUGGACCCAUCUUGGCCGCGAGUAAUCUGGUCUGUCUCUCACUAGAUCGUGUACUGGCCGUCUUCAAACCGGUAUUUUAUCGACAAAAUCAAAAGCGUCUCAUCAUUGCCAGUUUAACGUAUAAUAUUGUCAACAUUCUGAUACUUUUCACACCGCGAAUUCUACAUCGUCGCUUCGUGAACGGCACGUGUUUAUUUUCCAUGGAAGCAGGGAACGACCCUUUUAGUAUUAUAAGUUCAGUUCACUCCUACCUGACUUUGGUUUUUGCCUACCUUUUACCUAGCACCUGUCUGAUAGUUUCGCAUGCCCUGAUUAUAUACAAAAUCAAAAAUCUAUUUUCCAGGCGCACAAAAUCUUCACCGGAAACGUCAUCCUCCGAACGUGAUACCGUUUCAGCUUUACCCCGAUCAGAUGACCAGAGGGCAUUGCGAUUGAGGCGUGCAAUCAUUGAGUUGAUCAUAACUACGGUUGUGGUGAGUUCGCUCUAUUUGAGUUGUUACGCAUUCGACUUGAUCACCUAUGUUCUGGGCACCUCGGGUCAAUUGGACUACAUUGGCAACCAAAUUCGACGACAAGUGGGGUUAGGAUUGAUCGUGCUAUGCGCCUGUAUCAGUCCAUGUGCAGUCGUGUGCACGACCAGACACCUGCGACUUCAUGUGAUCAAUAUUAUUGGUCAUCAGAAGCGAGAAUACUCGACCACACUGCAAUCUGAUACGCAGUCCGAAUCUGGUGCAGCAGCGAAACAGGCGGACUAG